UUGUGGUAUCCGAUCAACACUGCUAUGAAUUGUAUGGAGGUAUUUGGCCGAUUGCCUGACUUCGAUGAACUGAUUGACUGACAGUCACAUACCUGCAGGACGCUGGACUGGUUCCCUCUCCUAUGGAAGCCUACUAGCAUGGACCACGGUGGCUGCUUACUACUUCACUUAAAGCAUGCGCUAACUGACAGAUAGAUGACGGGGCGGAUGGACGGAAUGGACGCCGAUGGUGAAUGGAGUGACGACUCGGACGACGGCGUCAAAUCUGGAUCCGCAACAGCUGUGUCAGAAAAUGAACUGGAGGAUGACUCACCGACGAAGCAGCACAUCACCAUAGUAACGACAACAACGCUGCUGCACCGAGACCCGGUACAUGCCAUCCUGGACAAGAUUGAUGCAGAACUCGGAGCUAUUCACAUGACCAAGUCCUCCAAGGGCCAUUUGAAAGCUCAUCCAGUGUCUAAGAAAUCAGUAGUUAGUGCGGCCAAUCGACUGAAGCUGGAGGCGGAAGGGGUCAUGUUCGACACGGGUGAUGAGAUGGACAAAGAUAAACUAGUUGUGCCUGCUACAGGGUCCGACCGAGACACUGGACUGGGGACGGGCAGCGUGCUGGAGGAGACUGCCCAGGACGGGGAUCACCAGAAGAUCGUUGGGACAGCUCAGAUGUACAGCGACGCUGCCGAGAUAACAGAUGCAGAUGACCUUGUUCACCAUGCGGAUGACCAUCACAGUGACCUUGACUCUGUGGCAGCCCAACAGAUUGACGAGAAGUUCAAGGAAAUCAUGCGUAAAAAGCGAGGUGGUUAUCUCGAUGGUCUGAAGGCCCCAGUAGCGGCAAGCGAUCGGACUUCUAUUAAAACCGAGGAUUUCGAAGACAAAUUUAAAGAAACGUUGAUUGGCAAUAGAAAAUGUGUAGCAGGUCCUGGGGAUCUUCCUCCUCAUUCCAAGUCCACGCCUCAUGCCGGCCAAAGUUCUGUACCAAAACAGCGACCCAGCGCUAGUUUCUCCAGUUUGCGGAUGUCUGCUGGUUGUGGAAGUGAUUUUGGGUCGGUGAAGACCGAGGAGUUUGAGACACGGUUUCAGGAACUGAUUGUAAAACAGUCAUCGGCCGGUGCACGACAGCAGCCGAAACCCGGGAAGAUGACGACAGCCCAAAAAACACUUCCAGCCAUGCCGUCCUCAUUUUCUCUUUCAAAAUCAGAAUCUUCAAAUGGAAUACUAGGCAGAAGUUACAAAGACAGUAGUAACAAAAAGACAAAACCAGUUGGUUCUUCACCUUCAGAAGAAACUUCCAUCAAAGUCAGAUCGUUGCCAUCUCCUCUUGUCCAGGACAGAGCCUCAUCCUCAUCACCUCGUUUCCAUGACAACAGAACCACAUCAUCAGUGGACGGCACCAGUAUAUUACGGCCAAGAAGUGUCAGUCCGAGACUGUUCAGAACUGAACCGAACAUUGUCAACGUGUACGAGGAUGAGAGUCUGAAAGAACAGGCGAGGGAGAUCGAACGAGAAACGGAGAAAAUUAGAAAAGAAAUGGAAAAAGAGCGUCAGAGGUCAAGGUCGGCCUCUCCCAUUCACCGCCCACAGAGCGUUCCACCCAAACUGCUCUUCUCCAGCUUCAGCGAGCGGCCGACCAUUUCAAAGGCUGAGGAAGACCAUCUGGCUGAGAGACAAGAAACGUACAGCCGGACAGAUGACAGAGAGUCGAGACUUGUAAGAGGAGCGUUGACCCAGGAGGUGAAGAUUCUGCGGCAAGCGUUACAUACGACCCGUAUGGACCAGCAGCAAGCUGAACAGACUCUGAAAGACACGCGCGAGAAAGCGGAAAAUGCCAGAACUCAGUUGAUGCUGACGGAAUUCAAGCGAACCAAUGCAAUGAAGGAUUUACAACGCAUCCUCAGUGACGUAGAAAAACAUCGCAAGCAAGCAGAGAACUACAUGAACCAGAUCCGGUUGAAGGAGGACGAACUCCAGGACAUCGAGAAUCUGGGAAUAUCGAGAGAAGAGGCGAAGAGUCUGGUGGAGGACAACUCGAACCUGAAACAGAAGUGUCGCACACUGGAUGGACUGGAGCUGGAGAGAGACGAGCUGGUGAGACAACUCCAGUGUACCAAGGAGGAACUCUUCAACGAGCAGAAACUCGCCAGACACCGCCACGAAGAACUGCAGGAGGAGGUGGAGACUCUGCUGUGUAAGCUGGAUGAGGUCCAGGAGAGUGAUGACGAUGUCCACAAGAAACUGGCUGCCACGGAGGACGCAUUCCUCAGAAUGGAGGCGGAGAAAGAUGAAAUCAUCCAGCAAAAGACGCGAGACUAUGAGGUUCUGCGAGACCAGACUCGGCGUGAGUUGUCUGACCAUGAGCUGACCAGUGUCCAGACUCGCGACCAGUUACAGCAGGAGAUGUCUGAGCUGAGACACACAAUCGGUCAAUUACAGGACGAAAUCAACUGUAGAGAGGACACCGACAUCAAACUCGGGAAUGAGCUGAUCGAGCUGCAGCAGGAGCUGGCGAAGGAGACGGAUGCACGUGACGCCAUCUCGGCCGACCACAAGAGGGCACUCACCUCGCUUAGGAAGGAGACAGAUUCUGCAAUGCUGAAACUACGCGAGUCCCUGUUUUUGGAAAAGCAGCAGACGAUAGAAGACUUGAAGGUUGGCUUUGAACAGGAGCGUCGUGAAGCUGCGUCAAGAGUAGAAGACAGAAUCGUUGCCCUCGUGUCGGAAAACACAAACAUUGUAGCGGAGAAGUCGAGAGAGAUUGAGCGACUUCAGAACCUAGUGAAACGGCUAGGAGACGAAAGACGAGAUUUAGAGGUCAAGAUGCAGGACAUGAUUACACUGCAGGUUCGAGAAGCUGUCACCAAAGAAAGAGAAGUAUUACAGACGGAAAAAGACUGGUGCAUUCGCAGAGAGAAGGAAAAUAUUGCAGCAGAAUUAAAGCAGAAGAUUAACACUCUGACGGUGGAUUUGGAUCGAGAAACUAAAGUCAAGGAAGGCUUACUGUCACAAGUCCAGAAACUGCAACAGGAGGUGAAUGACCAGAGACAGCAGACACGACAGCUGGCCAAGGAGAAAGUGUUUGCCGUGGCGCGCGCCAAGGACAUGGUCCGCGAGCAGACGUCAUCCGAGGUGGAGCGCAUCAAAGAGAAACUCAAACAGGACAGUCUCCAUGAGAUGGACCGACUGCGCGAGUCCGUGCGGCUGCUGGAGGAGGAGGUUCGCGUCAUGAGGACAGACAAGGUUCAGAUGAUGCGACACCAGAAGGAGUGUGUCGCGGCCCUUGAGAGAACGGAGCGCACCGUCAUCAACGAGGUCAACGAGGAGUGUCGACGUACCGCCGGACUGCUCGGAAUAUCACCUAGACGAGUACAGCCUGGAUCACAUGAUUCGGUCUGUGUGAGUCCAGACAACAGCCACCCUACAAACAAAUACCGGACACCAAUCACCACAGCACUGGCAAACCUUCGGGCAUGUAACGAGGAAUUAAGAAAUCACAUCCAUGAGCUUAAACAGGAAGUAGAGUCACAGAAAUCUCUCCUGCUAGCCUCUCAGAAAGAACAGAGGGAGCGAAUAGAAUCCAUGCAUGACGAGAUGGAACGCGAGAAGAACAACGAGCUGGAUACACUAAAAGAUCGACUUCUUCGGGAGCACCUGGCCGAGGUGAGUCGUCACGAGCAGACUUAUGGCUGGGACGGAGACAUGGCCGCCCGUCUGCAGGACAGGGAGAACGAGUUGAGAGUCAUGCAGCAAGAUGCUCGCCGGUGGAAGGAGCAGACGGCGCAGGUCUUAGCCAGGCAGUUCGAGGUCGAGCUCAGCAGAGAGCUGAAAAAACAGCUGAGUGAGAACAACAUGGCUCAUCGAGAAAUCCAGCACAUCAAUGACCGACAGCAGCACGACAUAGAGCGACUGGAGAGAGAUGUUAGGAAACUGGCUCAGAGUCAGGGUAGAGCGCUGCCACAGUCAGUUUGUCGCAGCCCAAACACUGCCAGAAACCUUAGUCAUCCUCACACCACACGCCAGCAUUUACAGGGAGACAACUCUCUACAGAAGUCAAAGCUCUUAAACUUCUCUGUGCCAGACCUCACUAAGUUAUCGCCUUAUCGACCUUCCUCAAAGGACAUGUCCGAUCUAAGUGGUCGAGUUGCCGGCAAGCCGAACGAGUUUCUUCUCUCUCACAAGAUGAACGAGAUGAACACACUGGAGACAACUCUGUCCAAUCAAACACAGGAACUGAUAAAGCUAGAACAAGCGUACAGCCAGCUUCAUCAACAGUAUAACCAAAGAGCCUCAUCACCAACACGAGCCCUAAACUCCACACGAUAGCAUUCAAAUGUUAUAUAGAUGUCAUACUAGUAUAAACAUGUCAUAUAUAUGUUAUACUAGUAUAAACAUGUCAUAUAUAUGUCAUACUAGCAUAACAAAUGUCUACUAGU